CAGAUACAGGGGUGGAGACUAGAAUGUAAUGAAAAUGAAAGUAAAAUUCUUCAAGUGAACAAUACAUUUAAGAGCAACGUGGAUUGGGAAUAUAAUCUGUCUAACAAGAAUACACGAUCAUCUUGAUUAACAGAUGGACUUGUCCAGCCCGGCAGCAGUAAUUGAAAACAACAGUCUGGAGAACUGGAAAGUGAUUGGUGCGGGAGGGUUUGGACAAGUCCACAAAGCCAGACAUGUGGUUUGGGGAUUGGAUGUGGCCAUCAAGUUGCUACAAUGUGAUGAUGGUGCUUCCCUGCAUAAUGAGGCAGAAAUGAUGCGCAAGGGUGCAAGCCACCAUGUGAUAAGGAUUCUUGGAGUGUACAAGGAUUGUCCCCCCACUUGUGGCCCUUCCAUCCAGCUGGGUCUUGUGAUGGAGUUCAUGGAGAGGGGGGACGCUGGAAUCCCUCCUGGACACCCUCUCUCUCCAUCCACCUUUUCCCCACCCCUUGCCUAUCGCUUGGCCCACCAGAUCGCUCUGGGGAUGAACUUCCUCCAUUGCCUCAUCCCACCCCUUCUGCAUCAAGACCUGAAGCCCAAUAAUGUGUUGCUGGAUGACUACCUUAAUGCCAAGCUUGCAGAUUUUGGCCUGGCCAAGGUGUCCCACAGUGUUAACAAGAUGAGCAAAGAGUUCCCUGGGAAGGCUGGGGGUACAUCUAGUUACAUGCCCCCUGAGGCUUUGGAAAAUGUGUCAUACAAACCCAUUCGUGCCUUUGACAUCUACAGCUAUGGAAUACUUCUGUGGUCCAUAAUCACUGGUCAGUCGAAGCCAUAUCCUUAUGUACAUGCCGGAGACUCCAGCAGGUUCUGUUUUCUCAUCAAAGACAGAGGACAGAGGCCUUCCCUGGAGACAGUGGACAAAGAGCAGGUCGAGGGGCUAAGGGACCUGGUGGAGCUCAUGGAGAAGUGCUGGGACCAUGAGCCCUCUAAGAGACCCCCCUUCAAGGAAUGCUUCCUUGUGACAGAAAGAGUGUUUGAGAAGCACAAGAAGGGGAUAAAUAAUGCCGUCCAUCAAGUGCUGACAAAACUGGCCUUGGGAAGUGAGGGGGGAAGUAAAACAUCAGGUGUUGGCGCCGUCUAUGUAUCUGCAAGUUCAAAGCCACCUGCAUGUCCAAAAGACAAAGUGAAUAUCUCUGCUGAUGUGAAGACUGGUUCACUCUCUCCAACACAGGAUGUGGCUGAUGGCUUGUCUUCAAAACUAAUAGACAAAGAUCAAGCUGCUACUCCCCAGUCUAGCCAGGAUCAAUCUGCAGUCAUGGAGACAAAGCAGUAUGGUGCCCAAUUUGUGGAUGAAAACAUGGAAGUACUUAUUCAAAGGAUUACCAUGGUGAUGCCAAUAGCAGAUGGCCUAUACCAGAAGAAAAUGAUCCAUGAUGAGGAUUACUCUGAAAUCACUGCGGCCCAAACCAGUAUGUCAAAGAUGAGAAAGCUGUAUGUGGCCCUGAAACCAGGAGGAGAGGUGGCUAAAUCAGCCUUUUACAAAAUUCUACUGGAUCAACAUCCUCUUCUAGUCAAAGAACUGGGUAAGCUCCUCUCUCUCCUCUUUUGGUGGGGUUGGCCAGAAAUGAAGUCAUAACUUGAGCGGCUUCUACAGUCAUGGUCUGGACUUCUAGGAACCUGCUGGCCCACUGCUCACUUUUUUCCAAAUCUUACUAUUGUCUCUCAACCACGUAUAUGUUUAAAUCUCACACAUUACCUCAGAAAUAGUGGUCCUAUCACACCACUGUUGUCAAACAACAAUUUGUAACAAAAUAAAUAGUGUUUUUUAAAUUAAUCACA